AGGUGGGAGCAUGAGGAAAAGUGGACUUUAAAAGGAUCGCAAGCGCUUAGCGGUCAGGAGCGUCCUGUUCCCUCCGGCCUAAAGGGGGAACAGAAAUGUGAGGAUUUUUAUGAGGGCGGGGGAGCCGGGGUGCGGAGGAAAUACUGCCCGGGGGUGCUGACGGGAACGAAGGACCGAACCGCGGGUGACCCUUGUUUGGGUCCGUCCUUUUUUCGGCUUCCUCUUUCGCUUUACUCCUGUAUCUCCCCUAGACGUCCUGCCUUAAACUACCGCGAAAGGGAGGGAAGAGCGGAAGCAUGUCCAACCCGGAGAAGCGGAUCUUAUCCCGCCCCUCGGCCCCCCUGGCUGUAGUACCCGGGGAAAAGCCCAGCUCCGGCAGCCGCCCUCUCCACUCCCAUGGACAGAGCAGCGGAGGUGGAAGCAGCGGCGGGUCUCCUCCUCCUCCCCCCGCUCUUGGAGGCGGCUCGGCUGCCUGCAGCUCCCUCUCUCUCCUUCUAACAACCACCACCAGCAGCAGGAGCCGCGCUGCAGGGACAGCCUCCUCCGCCGCCUCCGCAAGCAUCGUCUCCAGAGCGGCUGCGACUCCUUUCCUCGCUCCAAUCUCCUCCUUUUCCUCCGCUUCUCCAUCUUCUUUUUACUUCUUGCUGCCGCCUCCUCGUUUCCCCUCCUUGUCUUCCUAUAACCUCACAAGUCUCCAAGGGAGGGGAGGAGGAGGAGGAAGAGAUGUUGGCGGAGCAGCAGCAGCAGCAGCUCACUUGAUCGCCCAUCCAGGCGGCAGCAGCAGCAGCAGGAGGAGACUCUUCUGUUCUUCCUCCAUCCAGGGCUUGCUGCUCCGUUCCGCAGCCGGCGCCCCCCGGCAGCACCAUUCCCGGCUCCUCCUCUCCCCAGCCGCCUCUCGCCUGUGGUCCUGCAAUUCCCUCGGUGCUGCAGCAGCAGCAGCUCGCGGCGACGGGAUCCGAGGAGGUGACGGUCCCGGCGGGAGCAGGACUCCUAGGCUGCAGCAGCGGCAGAAAGGCGCCUUCUCCUUCUCGUCUCCCCUACUCCUAGGGCCAGACAUGGAAGAUGGAUCUAAUUCUGCAAGCUGCUUUAGAAGGUUUACGGACUGUUUCUUGAACACAAGUUUAACAGAUGAAAAAGUGAAGGCCUAUCUUUCUCUUCACCCCCAGGUACUGGAUGAGUUUGUGUCAGAAAGUGUAAGUGCGGAAACAGUGGAAAAAUGGCUAAAAAGGAAAAAUAACAGACAGGACGAUGAACCCACUCCUAAAGAAGUCAGCAGGUACCAGGAUACGAAUAUGCAAGGUGUAGUAUACGAAUUGAACAGCUACAUAGAACAGCGCCUGGAUACAGGAGGAGAUAACCAACUACUUCUAUAUGAACUGAGCAGCAUCAUUAAAAUAGCUACAAAAGCUGAUGGAUUUGCACUAUAUUUCCUGGGAGAAUGCAAUAAUAGUCUGUGUGUAUUUACACCACCAGGAGCUAAGGAAGGACAACCACGGCUCAUUCCUGCAGGCCCCAUUGCACAUGGCACUACAGUAUCUGCUUAUGUAGCUAGAUCCAGAAAAACGUUGUUAGUAGAAGAUAUUCUGGGGGAUGAGCGAUUUCCCAAAGGUACUGGACUGGAAUCAGGGACCCGAAUCCAAUCUGUUUUGUGUUUGCCAAUUGUCACUGCAAUUGGUGAUCUGAUUGGUAUCUUGGAGCUUUACCGCCACGGGGGGAAAGAAGCCUUCCACCUUAGUCACCAAGAGGUUGCAACAGCUAAUCUUGCAUGGGCUUCAGUAGCAAUACAUCAAGUACAAGUGUGCCGGGGCCUUGCCAAGCAGACUGAACUGAAUGACUUUUUGCUUGAUGUAUCAAAAACAUAUUUUGAUAAUAUAGUUGCAAUAGAUUCUCUACUUGAACAUAUAAUGAUAUAUGCAAAAAACCUCGUGAAUGCAGAUAGGUGUGCACUCUUCCAGGUUGACCACAAAAAUAAGGAACUGUAUUCAGAUCUUUUUGAUAUUGGAGAAGAAAAUGAUGGGAAACCUGUCUUCAAGAAGACCAAAGAAAUAAGAUUUUCUAUAGAAAAAGGAAUAGCUGGUCAAGUGGCAAGAACAGGAGAAGUACUUAACAUCCCUGAUGCCUAUGCAGAUCCACGCUUUAACAGAGAUGUAGACCUCUACACAGGCUACACAACCAGAAAUAUCCUGUGCAUGCCUAUUGUAAGCCGAGGAAGUGUAAUAGGUGUUGUGCAGAUGGUGAACAAAAUAAGUGGAAGUGCCUUCUCUAAAACUGAUGAGAACAACUUUAAAAUGUUUGCAGUCUUUUGUGCUUUAGCCUUACACUGUGCUAAUAUGUACCACAGAAUUCGCCAUUCAGAGUGUAUUUACCGUGUAACAAUGGAGAAGCUGUCCUACCACAGUGUUUGUACAGCAGAAGAGUGGCAAAACCUCAUGCACUGUACACUGCCUCCACAUAUUUAUAAAGAAAUUGAACUAUACCACUUUGAUAUCAGUCCGUAUGAAGAUGUCUGGCCUGCCAUUUUUGUCUACAUGGUUCACCAGUCCUGUGGGACAGCCUGCUUUGAACUUGAAAAGCUGUGCCGAUUUACAAUGUCUGUAAAGAAGAAUUAUCGACGUGUGCCCUACCACAACUGGAAGCAUGCAGUUACUGUUGCACAUUGCAUGUAUGCCAUACUUCAGAACAACCAGGGACUUUUCACUGAUCUAGAGCGAAAAGGUCUUUUAGUUGCAUGCCUGUGCCAUGACCUGGAUCACAGAGGUUACAGCAACAGCUAUCUUCAGAAAUUUGAUCACCCAUUAGCUGCUCUCUAUUCCACAUCAACAAUGGAACAGCACCACUUCUCACAGACUGUGUCCAUCCUGCAGCUGGAAGGGCACAAUGUCUUCUCCAAUCUGAGCUCCAGCGAAUAUGAGCAAGUACUUGAGAUCAUCCGGAAAGCCAUCAUUGCUACAGACUUGGCCCUGUAUUUUGGAAACAGAAAGCAACUUGAAGAGCUUCAUCAGACAGGAGCAUUAAACCUUAAAAACCAAGCACACAGGGAUAGAGUGAUUGGUCUGAUGAUGACAGCCUGUGAUUUGUGUUCUGUAACAAAGUUGUGGCCAGUUACCAGACUGACAGCCAAUGAUAUAUAUGCGGAGUUCUGGGCUGAGGGUGAUGAAAUGAAGAAAACGGGUAUUCAACCUAUUCCUAUGAUGGACAGAGAUAAGAAAGAUGAAGUCCCUCAGGGUCAGAUUGGUUUCUACAAUGCUGUAGCCAUCCCAUGUUACACCACACUUGCACAGAUCUUUCCUCCAACUGGGCCACUACUUCGAGCAUGCAGGGACAAUCUCAACCAGUGGGAGAAAGUAACAAGAGGUGAGGAAGCCUCUAUAUGGACUUCCUCUCAGUCCCUUGCUCCUGGGACCUCGGAUUCACCCCCUGUGAAGAUCGAUGACUAAGCAGCAACAAUAGAUUUCUUUAACCUGAAAAGCAUCCCUUCUUGAUUUGAGGAUGUUUUUUUCUUUUGUUUCAUUUUUAUUUGAAAACAAAACAAAGAAAAAAAAAAAGGAAGAAGAGAAGCUACAAAAUGCUAGCAAAGAAGCAGACCUGCUUAAGGAAGGUAACACCCAUGGAGUUACCUCAGCUAAAUGACUGUGGCAGCCAAUCUCCUGACCUACACCAAUGACACAAUGUGAUCAGAGGGAAAACGACAGCCAAAAUGUUUUGAAGUCAGCUAUCAAAAGAGAACUUAGAAGUUGUGAAUUUAAAAGACUGGCCUUAUCUCAUGGGCUACAUUGCUGAGGCCUUAAUUUA